AUGGAACGGAGAGGUAGCAGCGAUCGUGAGGCCAGCAGUGAAGCUCAAGUAGAGCAUGAAAUCAGUGAAUGCAUCGCCGCGGAGGAUUGGAAGAAAGUGAUCGACCUAGGUCAGACAUUGGCGUUCGGGGAACGCGUGAAUUAUCUAUGGUUAUGGCCACUGCAGAGUGAUUUCGAACGGAUAGGAGAGUGUCUACAGCGAUACGGUAUCGGUCGAGUGCUUAGCAUUGGCUGUGGAACGGGUCUUCUGGAGUGGCUGAUUACGGCGGCGACCGGAAUCGUUGUGGCCGGCAUCGAAAAGGAUGAAAACUGGUGGCGCUCCAAAUAUGCGAAGAGGACGUACAUCCCUAUGGUAUUUGCUGACGCGUUGACAAACGUGACCGAGAACCAAGGUCAGCCGACCUGGCAGGCGAUGAUGUUUUGCUAUUUCAACAACGGUGUCGCUUUUCGUGAGUACGUGAAAAAUUUUAAAGGUCAUUAUGUGAUAAUUGCAGGGCCGAUCGAGGGAAACGGUGUUCAUACUGAUCCACUGCCAUUCUCAGCCAAAUUUCCCGCCGACCAGGAGUGGGAACGCGUGCAAGCCUUCUCCGUGGGAAGUGAAAAUCUCAAUCAUUUUGUGAUUUAUCAAAGACGGUGAAAUAAACCAAGAACUGCUCGUAAUACUAGAGGGCA